AUGGCAAAAACUGUUCUUCUUGACGAAGCAAAAGCUUUAAUUGAAGCUAAAGAUUACCAAGGCGCCAUCGCCGUUCUUGACAGAUUAAUCGCCACCAAUUCCGCACAUUUCCUGGCCUAUUUGCAACGUGCGAUCGCCCAUCAACGUCUCAAGGAGUUUGAACGGGCCCUUUAUGACGAUUGUUACCACGCACUUUCCAUCGCCAAAGAACGUGGCAAGCGGGCUGAUUUAUCUCAAGUUUACUUCCGUAUUGCUAUAGUGUUUUACACUUCAAAAGAUUAUUACUCGGCUUUCAAAUAUCUCAAGUUGGCCCAAAAGUUUGGUUACGAAGACACCAACGCUUUGGAAAUUUGGAUUCUUAAGACCACCACAAAGUUCGAUGCUAGCGAAACAAUGAUCGAUUUCUUGAAUUCGCUUGAAUUGGCAGACUCCACAGUGUUGGAAGAAUUCAAAACUAAAAAAGAAUCUCUCUAUGGCAAAGAUGAACCACAAAAGAAACCUGAAGUGGCAAAACCAGCGGUGUCUAAAAAGCCAGAACCAAAGAUUGCGGAAAUCACCGAUGAAGAAGCCGCCAAAGUUAAUACCAUCCCAAAAUCUUCUGCGCUCCCAAAAGCUUAUGCUGCUGCUCCUCCUACUAAUCCUUCUUACCCAGCACAAGAUGAGGUUCGCAAAGAAUUCUUCGAAUCUUCUACCACCGUGACGGUGUCUAUUUAUAUCAAGAGAGUUCCAAAAGACUCAUUCAAGCUUGAGUUCCGUCCUCGCUCGGUGGAAUUUGAAUUCAAGACCCAUACCGGAGCAGAUUACAUGUACGAGCUCGAUCGUCUUGCCGGGGAAAUCGACACCAAGCAAUCCAAAUAUACCGUCUUUGGUACAAAGAUCGAACUUAUUCUUGUGAAGAAAAUAGAAGGUAGUUGGAAAGCUCUUCAAACUCCUGAUGGUAAUGAUGCAGAAGGGAAAGAGGAGGAAGAAGAAGAAGAAAAUAGCCGUUCUGCCAUGCAAUAUCCUUCCUCAUCCACCAAGAAGGUUGAUUGGGCCCAAGUUGAUGAAGAGUACAAGGACAUUGACGAAGACGAAAAAGACGAUAUGAAGUUAUUCAAGGAUAUCUUCAAAAAUGCUGACCCUGAUACCAGAAGAGCCAUGAUGAAGAGUUACACCGAGAGUGGGGGUACCAGUUUGAGUACUAAUUGGGAUGAGGUUAGUAAAAAAACUUUUGAAGUUGAUCCACCUGAUAGUAUGGUUGCCAAGAAGUGGGAAUAUUAG